GCAUACAUAGCAACUCAAGUUUUUGGUAGGCUAUUAACAAUGAAUUAGUGACGGAAUUGUAAUUUCGUCACUAAAUAAUAGCGGAAAAAAUUGGCGCCUAAAUUUAGUGACAGAUUAGCAACGAAAUACUGAUCGCUAUGUUAAUUAUUUUGAAGCAACCAAUUUAGCAACAAACUUUCUUGGUAUACUUCAUUUUUUUUUUUAAAAUCAUUUUAUUUGGCGACCAACAUUUUCUUCGUAAAAUAUUAAUUUUGGUUUUUUAAUUAAUAUUAAAGAAUGGAAAAGGGGCUUCUAGGGUUAUUACUCAUUUAAGCUUCCCCCCCAUUUCUCUUUCUACUCUAUCUCUCAAGAACCAUUCACGAUUUGAACAAGUUUUUGCCUGAUUUGAACAAGCUUUUGUACGAAUUGAAGACACUUAUGCAUGUAUUGAAGGUCAAGCUUUCACUGGGUUGCCGAUUUGAAGCAUUCGAAGCUGUUGUUGUCCAACUGAAGGCUAUUGCUAGUUCUCUUUCGGCAGGCGAAGCUUUGUCGAACACUGUUGCAGAGAAGACUGCAAUUCUCCAAAGUAUUCUUUUAUAUGUGGUUUCCAUAAUUUGUAGCUUCAUUAACUUGCAUUUCAGCACAUCCGAAAUGGCUUGGAUGUAUAGUGGUUGCCUGGAGAUUUUUGGGCCUAGAAGUGUUGAAAUACGUGAUGUCGUUACUGGUGUAGAUGUGUCUUAUUCUGAAAUAAUGAUACGGUGGCGUCAAAAGGCAAUUGUCUCUAUUAUGGAAACUGGUAGUCUUAACUGGUUAGUAGAGCUGUUGCGUGUUAUGAAGAGGUUGAAUCUGAAGGAACACGAUACAAAUAUUUCACUUCAUUAUCUAACUCUUAGGGCUCUUCAAUUAUCAUUAGUUGAUAUUCCUCGUGGUCAGAAUCAUUUUUGAAGUAUUGGAGGACUGGCAGUUCUGUUGGAUGGACUGGGAGUUGCAUCUAAUAGCGCUUUGAGAUUGAGAGACUCAACUUCAGAUGCAGUAAGGUAACUGACUUAACUGCACACCUUUGAUAAAAUUUAGUCUUUAUUCUCUCAAGCCAUACAAAUCAAUCGAAGAAGUGCCUAGACGGUGGUCGGAUAUCUUUAAGUCUAUUAGUAUAACAGGUUAUUCCCGCUACUUUGUGUGAUGGCAGAUUAUGUUUUUUACCAGAUUGUUUUGUUCGUGUUUGACUAAAUCUGAGUGUCAUGUCCUUUUCUUUUCACAAUCCAUGUAUAUCUAAACUUUUUCUUAAAAUAGCAUGAAGGUAAACCAAAUUUAGUUCAAAUUACAUUCCUGAUUGAAUCAAAUUAAAUGUUGACUAAUCUAAACUAUUAUACUGUUAGUGUCAUUUGGAAAGCUAAGAUCUAAUCAGUAAUGGUUGACAUAUGUCAAACUAGGAUCCAAAACUUGUUUCAAGUUUACUAGUUGAACCAACUGAUCAAAUAAACUUCUAAUUGUACAAAGAGAAAUUGGGAUAAGUUGAUAUACAGUGAAAAGUUUCCCUUGUCGUUUGCUCAUUUCUUGUGUGGAAGGAUAAUUGUUGGGCAUUUGUAUCAAAUGGGGUGAACUUAAUGUUUUGUAAAUCAUUUUACAAACAUCCAUUGCCUUAAAAUUAAACUUGAAUCUUAAUGUCUCAGCCUCUUUAGUUUCUGAUCUGUAGAAUUUUAGCUUGGAUUUGUAUCUGAUCCUAAAUUCAGCAAAUUUAGUGAUCCUAGCUGCAUCGUGAUACCUUCUUUUUCCUUCUCUUCUUGUCGUUUAUAUCUAGUUUCUCAACACAGGUGUUUGUCCUUCCCUGCUAUUGGUACGAUCAUAUUUAUACUAUAUUAUGUUUGUAGUAUGGGCUCCAGCCUUGUUUUGUUUGAUGAACAUAAAUUGAAAUGGUUUAGAAACUUUUGUAAAGCAACUGAAAAAAGUUAAUAACCAUGCUUCUGCUACUUAAUCCAUUAAAAAAAGAAAUAUUGGUUGAUUUUUUUCUAACGACUUGGUACAUUUACAUUUCUCCUUGUAGGAAUGUUUUUGCGGAGAUGUUUUAGGUGCUGUAUUUGAUUUUUGCAGAGAUGUUUUAGGUGUUGUAUUUGAUUUUUGGAAUUACUGAAGUGGUCUAUUUUUUAACUGUUGUUCCCCUGUUCUCAUUAUAUGCUUGUGGUUCUCCGUGUGUCUCUUAUUUCUGAUUUGUUCCUCUCAUUUCUACAGGACGUUCAGCAUCAUGUUCUGUCUGCAUUCAAAAAAAUUCUGUUGUUGUUUCCAUCUUUGCUAUACGUUUUUUGGGCACUUACUACUCAUUUUCUUUCUGUAGUUAUUGAGCGUGUUGGUGGUAUUAGGGUAUAAGAAGGGGUCGUGUUUGAUCCUCCUACUAAUGAUGCUGAUGACGACGUUGAUUCCUAGCUUCAUAGUAUUUGUAGUCCUUGGUCAUUGCAUUAAUUUUUGAUAGACUAUUUUUGUGUGGAAGUACAAAACAUUUAUGUACGAAGUAACAAAUACUAAUUUUCAUAGAUGCUGGUUUGACAUUAGUUUAUGUUUGACAAAAUAUUUGACAUUGUGGGUUUUUGGGCACAAUUAUUGUGCAUUUUGCUAUCUAUAUGAAUGUUGGUUAUUUUAA